UCUCGCCAGCUCGCCGUCGCUCCUCGCUCUCACCUGCUCGCCGUCGCUACUCGCUCUCGCUCGGUCGCCUGCAAUCGUCUCAUUCCCCUGCUCAGCCGUGUCCAUGGCGUUCUCCGGCGGGGCCCCACUGGGCAGAAUUUCCCCCUUGUGCACCAGAGCAGAUGAGGGUCAGAGGUAGAGCCAGAGAAGAAUCCCCCAACCCAUCCGCCAUCCUCCACCUCCCCGGUCCAGCAGAGAGCGAGUGGGAUGGCGCCGCCUCCGCCACCGGAGCUCAUGGAUGACCUCAUCGGCGAGAUCCUCCUCCGCCUCCCACCAGAAGACCCGGCGUGCCUCGUCCGAGCCUCCCUUGUCUGCAAGCUCUGGCGCCGCCUCCUCUCCGAUGGCGCGUUCCUCUGCCAGUACCGCGCCUUCCACCGGACACCGCCUGUGCUCGGCUUCUUCCACAACCAGUACCGAAAGGGCACCUCUGUUCCCCAGUAUGUCCCCACAAUACAGGCAUCCCCGGUUCCCCAGCCUGCAAUCGCCGUCACCGGCAGCCCCACCACCUCCUACCGUACCAUCGAUUGUCGCCACGGCCGAGUGCUAUUCGAAGGCAAGGAUCAGCCAUCACAGACACUCAUCGUCUGGGAUCCUAUCACCGGCAAUCAGAAGCUCAUCUACCCGCCCGUGCACCCGUAUACCAAGUUCUUGGCUGCGGUGCUCUGCGCUGCAGACGGCUGCGACCACCUCAGAUGCAGCGGGGGGGCUUUCCUCGUGGUUUUCGUGGGUAUAUAUGAUGCCGAGGAGGAGGACAAUGAUGACGAGGGAGUUGAAGAUGGAGAUCCUGUGGGAUGGGCUAGUCUCUACCCAUCAGAGAUUGGGGUGUGGAGCGCAUCUACCUCCAUUAGUGUCGAUUCCUUCAUCGACCUUGUCCUGCCCAGUCUGCUCACCAGAGACUCAAUCUACUUCAUCCUUGAGAACGGGGAAAAAAUCCUCAAGUACAGCUUGGUCGGUGGUGUCCUAUCAGUGGUGAAUGCUCCUCCCCAGCAUGAACCAAAUAUGAUCUUCGCCACGGCACAGGAUGGCGAUCUGGGAGCCGCGACUGUGGAGGGCUAUAGCUUGCACCUGUGGUCGUGGCGAGCGACUGACCCCGUCGGUGGCUUUGGGGAAUGGGUAAGGUGGAGGGUGAUCGAGCUUGAUGUGAUGAUCCCAAUCUCGAUUGGAGACCCUUCGACUACGUUUGAUUUGGCUGGCUUUGCAGAAAGCACUGGCUUAAUUUUCAUCCGUGCAAAUGAUGACAUCUUCACUGUUGAACUCAAGUCUGGCCACAUCACAAAGAAGGGCAAGAGAACAAGUGACAGCCCCAUUUUUCCUUUCACAAGCUUCUACACUCCUGAUCUUGUUACCGCUAGAUUGCAAGUGCCAAUGAGGAUUGAUUGACCAAUGAAAUAAAUUGAUCAAGCCACUGUGGGGAACUUGCAUAGUUUAUGCUUGAGAUGUUCUAUAUCAGUUCUCAGUUAGUAAAGGGUAUCCUAUUAUGUUUUUUAGUAUGUUUCGUCUUCGCAAAUUUCUGCGAGUCCAUAAUUACAGACCAAGAAGAUCCAUGAUUCUGGUUUACUUAUAUGCUUGUCUCUUAUAUUUAGUGCCCAAAUCAUGGUCACUGGCCUGCUUAAUUUUCAAAAUGAUGUGUCACUGUCUUCUCUUUUUUAUGAAAAAUAAUA